ACAUCCUCUAUAAGCACAACUUGAACUGCAAUGUGAGUGACUACAUGGGAGAGAAAUCAAAUUUCGGACUGUUCAAAACAAGCAAAAAAAUUGUGAUGAAAGGAUUAACAUGGCUAACAAGGUCCUUAUCUUAGUUGGAAAUUGGUUGGUUCAGUUCCUCGAGUUGGGAACAAUAAAGUCUUUUGCUGUUCUUCUUGUACAUAUCGUGAGAGACCUUGAAUCCACCAUCGGACGAAUUGGGAUGUUCGUUGGCAUGUACCACGCCAUUAUUAUGAUGUCCGGUGUCAUUGUCAAAGUGCUUCUUCAUCACUACUCCCCUCGUUCCGUGGCUAUGAUUGGUGGAUUGCUCGGAUCCUUAGGACUCGUGGCAUGUUCUCAAGUCAAUAAAGAUACAAUCUUUGCAAUAUGUCUUAUUUUCUCAGGGCUUGGAUUAUCGAUGACGCUCAUCCCCACCAUGUUGUCAUUGGUGUAUGCCUUCAAGGAUGAAUAUAUGUUACCUUAUUCAAUCGCAUCAAUGGGUGCCGGGAUGGGAAUGAUGAUUCUUCCUCUGCUGACGCAGAAACUGUUGGAUGCCUACGACUGGCGAGGUGCUCUGCUCAUCCUUGGAGCAGUUAACCUCCACCUAGUCGUAUGCGGGACAUGGCUUCGUAAAACGUCAUCUGAACAAGAAUGUGAUCCUCAAGAAUCCUUGCUGAAUCAUGGCGAGUCGCACAAUCUGGCCUCUUCCUCGGAAAAUCUAAGGGAUCUGGAAAAUGCAGACACGGUUCAACAAAAUGCCUCACAUCGCGAUUCAGCAGCAGUCCGAUGUUUCCAUGGUUCCUUGACACUGCUAAGAGCUACUUGUAAAAGAGUGGGUCUACAUGUCUUCAGUGAUCAUCCUUUAAUCAUAUACGCAUUUCUUGCAGCAUGUCUUCAUGGGGUCUCCUAUGUCGGUUGGACUGUGUUCGUCAUUUCCAAUGCAGAAGCGAAAGGUCUUCCGGAAGCCGUAGCUGUGUUGCUCUCUAUAGCAGCUGGUAUAGGAAACAUUGCAGGGCGGUUGAUGCCAGGACUCUUUAACUUCCUAAACAAAGAUUUGUUUCCUUCAAGGACAUUGUUUCUUCUAUUCGGUACCAUUGGUGCCUUGCCACUUUGUUUAAAUCGGAUAGCAACUCGUUUCUCAACGUUAUGCGUCUUUGCUGCGAUCAGUGGCUUGGCUUUGGGAGCAAAGACAGUUGUCAAAAAUACCAGUGUGAUAGACGCGGUUCCCCAGUCUCUAUCCUCCACAGUUUUACCGUUCGUCUUAAUCUUUACCGGACUUGGUGAAGUAAUAGGAGGAUGGGUGGCAGGACGCAUAUUCGACCUAACGGGUUCAAUGGACACAGCUUUUCUUUUCCUUGGAUGCGUUGAUAUUUUCUCCGUCAUAAUCCUUUUCCUGAGCCUACUUCAUGAAAAAAUUGUUCAUCUUCGAUCAUCUUAUAAUGACAUGAGUAGAGCAAUGAACUUAACAUAAGGGCAUCGACAUUAAGUAAGAAAGGAGAUGGGAAACCAGUUACAGUAAUAACAAUUUUAUUACGCCAACUUUAGGGCAAACCUCAUUUAACGUGCGCGGCCAUCGUAAGGGGCGAUAAGACAUCAUCCCUCGCAGAGGGCGACAUUUUACAAGACACAUCAAAUACAAUAACAUAUUGGCGCAACCACUUUUCUCUAUCUUUCCAUUGGAAUUAAGUCAACCUCUAACCAAUUGGCUCAGGGAACAAUUACUUUCUAAACAACAAACCAAUUCACUCCUUAAGAAGGUAAAACAAAACUAUAUCUGUAGAUUUUGUGGAUUCCGGAAAACAUACCGGUAGACCUGCAAGGAAGGUAUCACAUAUUAAUCAAAGUAUUGGCCAUUACCAUGGUUACUACAUAACUAAUUAAAAAGCAUAAUGUAACUUUAGCCUUUAUGCAAUAAGCGUACAUAAAUAAAUAACCAACAUCUUAUCUACCUUUCUAUCUCUAGGCAAAACACACACUAAAGAGCCUAUCAACAGGUCCUAUAUCAAACCAACUAAAACGGGGGAAAACACUAAUAACCGUCAAACAUGUAUGCUAAAAAGGCUACAACCUGUAAAACAGUCAAAUUCAUGUAGCAACAUCAAUAUUGUCAACACACACUAUGAAACAAUAGGUUAAAACAUGACUUAAGUAUAAAAGCUAAAAAAGGCAUCACUAGAUAAAAUACAUCCAUAAACACAAUCAUUGUGGACACUUAUGAGCCCAUCCACCAAUACAUACAUAAAUGUGCAAAUACCGAAAAUGUAAAUAAAAUGCAACUGACAUAUUUUUUGUUUCUAACGCGAAAUAGAAUGCAAAUGAAUAACAUGGCUGCCUUGCAUACUAAAGACAAACAAUCCUAUCAUAGUAAGUACAUAAACAAGAUAAUAUACUGUCUAACAGUAAGAACGUGUAAGAAGAUGGAGGCCCACAAAUCCUGCUCAGAAGAAGGCAGUCUUUUCUCAUACUAGUAAUAGCAAGCACUAAACAAAAUGUAAAACAAAUAGACAAAGGGUCACAUAAAGCAAAUACAUUCUGUAAUGGGUAAAAGAGAAAAACAUGAGAGUGUACAAAUUGUUUCAGAAGUAAGGUACAAUGGGCACUAUCCAGCAUCCACAGCUCAGCCAUGAAACACGCAAUGCCUAAAGGCAAACAAAUAAAACAUGACACCUAAGAGCGGAUUACUGGACUACCAUGAACUAUGAAAAGUGAAAGAUGUAUUUAUGGAUUGCCAAAAGAUUGCUAGCCUAAAAUAGCUGAUAAAAAGGGGCAUUCAGACUCUCACUAUACACCCUGAUGCUAAUAUCUCACCAUUUAAUAAAAACCAGUAUGACAUGAAUACAUAUAAU